AUGGAGAAAGUUGAGAUGAAGAUAAUUGGAGUUAUGAUGAUGGUGAUGAUUGUGUUGGGCUCUGCAGAAGCUGAAUUGAAGAGUGGUGGUGGUGGUGGUGGUGGUGGUGGUGAUUCUGAUGGGUUUUUGUGUUGGCUCAAGUGUGGAUUCAAAUGUGUACCUAAAGAAGCAUCACCUAAAGAUCAUAAAAUAUGUAUUGAUAAUUGUCACAAACACUGUAACACUUUGUCCUCUCACAAUUGUUUUACCAGUUGUGGCUUCAUCAAGUCCAUUGCCAUGAGCAUUGGUGCUCCUCAUCUUGCAGCCAACCUUGUCAAUCCUUGCCUUCAAGAGUCUGAAUUGAAGAGUGAUGAUGGGUCUGAUGGGUUUUUGUGUUCAGUGAAGUGUGCAAUUUUAUGUGCACCUCAAGAAGGACAUCCUGAAAUGCAUAAAAAAUGUAUUUCUGAUUGUCAUUCCCAUUGUAAAAAGUUAUCCUCUGAUCUUUUCAACAAUUGUUUUACUGGUUGUGGUUUGAUCAAGUCCAUUGCCAUGAGCAUUGGUGCUCGGGAUCUUGCAACCAACAUGGUCAAUCCUUGCAUGCAAGAGUGUAGAAAAAAGCAAUAA